AAAUUCCUUUUACAAAUGGAAAAUUUAUUGAACCAUCUAAAAAUUGUAAAAUAAAUAAAUAAAUAAAAUAAAAUAAAUUACAUUAAAAAUUUCCAUAUAUGACUUUUAAUUUGUGUCGUAUUUGCUAUUUUGCGACAUUUUUAACAGCUUAAAAAUUGAUUGUGGUGUGAAAAAAAAACUUUAGUUAAAAUAAUUUUUUUAAUUUUUUUUUUUUUUUUUUUUUUUUAAAUAAAACGGAAAUGGUUUGUGAACUUGGAAAAUGAACUAAAAUAAAAUGUAAAUAUAGACAAAAUAUCCUUCAUUUUAGUCUUUGUCAGUUCGGUGCCUGCCUGAACGUUUGGAUCAUUUUCCUAAAACCUGCCUUUAAUGUAAGCCUUCCAUACAGUAAUACUUAAAAAGAAGAAUUUGCAUAAUUAUGGUUAAGGAACUGACCUCACAGCUCAUUGUUCCUUCAGUGGGCUGGUUUCAGUCAUUAUGCAAAUGUACUGUUUAUGAGAUUGGGGAAACCUGCAGUCAGCUGAGACUGAAAAAGUCACUUGGAUGAGUGACGAAACGUUUCUCCCAGAAAAAGCUACGUCCAGAUGAACAGAAUCAACUUUUGGAAAAAAAAGAAAAGUAUCACUGAAACUGAUAAGAACUAAACUAAAACGAAACAUUUCAAAAACAAUAAAACCUUCUCUGACAUCAACAAUGCAUUUUCAGUCAGAGAACCGCUGCUCACUGGACAUUUUCUCUUUUUCAGACAACUCUCUGUAAACUCUAGAGAUCAUUGUGUAAGAAAAUCUCACCAGGUCAGCAGUUUCAGCCUGUCUGCCACCAACAGCUGUGCCACGUUCAAAGUCACUUAAAUCAACUAUCAUGCAGACAAAACUCUCUCCAAGUAAAACAAAGGUCUUUAUGCUGACUCUGCAGUCUAUAUGACAAAAUCCUCUCUGUCCUUUGAACCAUGCCUAGAGAAAUGGUUUACUGCACUGCAGUCUUCUAAAGUCUUUGCAUUUUUGUAUGUGAAAUGCUGCUCAAACCUAAAGCGUUACAGAAAAUUGCAGCGGAUAUGUUCGGGAUGGAGGCCGCCCUGUUCGUCCCCUCUGGAACGAUGAGUAAUCUCAUUGCAGUGAUGGUGCACUGCAGGGAGCGGGGCGACGAGGUAAUCGUGGGGGACUUGUCCCAUUUACACAUCUACGAGCAAGGAGGUAGCGCUCAGCUGGCUGGCGUGCACUCCACCACGGUGACCACGCUCCCCGAUGGGACGUUUGACCUGGAGCAGCUGGAGUCAAAGAUACGCCACGGUUACCCAGACCCCCAUUACCCACGAUCACGGCUCGUAUGUGUGGAAAACACGCACAACAUUCAAGGGGGACGUGUGCUACCUCUGGCUUUUCUGCAGGAGGUGCGUGCUUUAGCAGAUCGAAAUGGUCUGUCCGUUCACAUGGACGGAGCCCGGGUAAUGAACGCCGCUGUAGCUCAGGGAGUGCCUCCAUCUGCCAUACUGCAGCACACAGACACUGUUAGUGUGUGCCUCUCCAAGGGUUUGGGCGCCCCAGUUGGUACCGUGCUGGCUGGACCCAAGGACUUCAUAUCCAGAGCGGUGCGGUGUCGCAAAGCACUCGGUGGGGGAAUGCGGCAGGCUGGCAUACUGGCAGCAGCUGGAAAACUCUCCUUACAGAAUAUGAUUGGAAGACUGGAGGAGGAUCAAGGCAAUGCAAAAAUCUUUGCUCAAGCUCUUCUUGACUGCAAUCCUAACUUGUUCGCUGUUGACUUGGCUGCCGUGGAGACAAAUAUCCUGCGUUUCGGCCUGCAGGAUCUCAGUUUGAGUCCCAGCGAGUUCUGUGACCGCAUGGCUCAGGUUAGCGAGAGUGAGGAGGCUGCACUCGGGCAGGGGAUACAGGUUCUCAUGUACCCUCAUUUUGGGAACUCUGUCAGGGCCGUGUGGCAUCUUGGGAUUUCUCCUGAAGACACUCAGCUGGCCAUCCAGAAAAUGCAGUUUGUGGUUUCUCAGCAUGUGAUGGAAAAUAGCAGGGCCCAGUGAAACCCAAGUCAGGAUGAAACCUAAUCUUAGAAUGAUUACAGAGUAAUGUAGACUGUGAAAAAUGGGACAAACACUACUACAAGCAUGUGAAUCUGUUAAAUGUAAUUAAGCACAGUGUCUUGAAUUUUAUUUUGCGCCCUUAUGAUUUAUCUUUUAUUAAAGAGAUGUGUGCAAAUACAACAAAGGGCACAGAUGAUGAAGACCUUCGUCCAUUUUAACUGUGCAGCUCUCUGUAAGAAUUUAUAUUAAUCAUUAAUAUACAUUCUUUAUAUUAUUUUAAUGAAUAUAAUAUUGAGGACUCUGUUGGAAAAUGGCCCAUAUUUCUGUACCCUGCUUAAACUUUAGCAAACUUUAGAAAUCUGUCAACAAUUUUGGCAACUUUUAUUACCGCUUACUUUCUUUAUUUUUUUCAAAUGUAAAUAAAAGCAAUAAUAAAAACAUGAA